UCCCGACAGUUGAUCGACGUCGUCUUCAUUACCCGUCACCGUUUGGAGCUCUCGGGCAUAAAAAAAUCAAACCUUUUUUUAUUUUCAGACCUUUAGAAUUUUCAAUAGUUGAAAAAAAAUGGGGAGAUCCUGUCUUUCUUCUACUCAACGCCAUUUUCUUUGGUAAAGCUCCAUCUCACCUUAUCCCAUUUUUUUCCCCCUAAUUGUUUUGGGAGUCUUGCAAUCUUGGCUUCUGGUAAAAUUGGUCUGGAUCUGAAGCUCUCUUCAUAGAAAUUUUGUUUCUUUUGGUCUCUCCUUUCAUAGAUUCGUAGAUUGUUUCAGACCCACGACUCAUUGUGAAGGAAAAUUUCGUGCUCUGCAUCUGCAUUUCCCUGAUUACAUAUGUGAAACGGGUCUUCGACGUCUUCUCAAAAUCCGUGGCCUUUCCUUUUCUUCAGACCUUCUAUGAAUAUUAGGUGGGAAAAAUCUCAUGAGAGCCAGUGAUUGGUGAAGGUUGUAGCUUUUAGAUGCUCCCUUUCUGGGCCAUUUCAUCCUUGAAGCAUGGGAGAGUGGGUGAUUGGAGCUUUCAUCAACAUCUUUGGAAGCGUUGCCAUCAAUUUCGGCACAAACCUUCUGAAGUUGGGUCAUAAUGAGAGAGAGAAGCAGGCUAUGCAGGAGAAUAGUGGAGGGAAGACGCCAUUGAAGCCUAUCAUAUACUUUCAGACAUGGAGAGUUGGGAUCCUAUUCUUUCUUCUGGGGAAUUGCCUCAAUUUCAUUUCAUUUGGUUAUGCUGCACAGUCUCUUCUAGCAGCUCUGGGAUCCAUUCAGUUUGUAUCCAAUAUUGCAUUUGCUUAUUUUGUUCUGAAAAAAAUGGUAACGGUCAAAGUACUUGUUGCUACCGCCUUUAUAGUCAUCGGAAACGUCUUUCUUGUUGCAUUUGGCAAUCACCAGUCACCAGUCUUCACACCUGAGCAGUUAGCAGAGAAAUACAGCAAUAUAUCAUUCUUGAUCUACUGUUUGAUUUUGAUUCUAAUCGUAGCCUUCAACCACUUCAUCUACCGGAAGGGAGAACUGUUAUUAUCUGUACCUGGACAGCAGCUUACACCCUAUUGGCACAUGCUGCUUCCUUUCUCAUAUGCUGUGGUCUCUGGUGCUAUUGGAUCAUGUUCAGUGUUAUUCGCAAAAUCACUCUCGAACCUGCUGAGAUUGGCCAUGUCCAGUAGUUAUGAGUUGAAUAGCUGGUUCACAUACUCUAUGCUUCUCUUAUUUCUUAGUACAGCCGGAUUCUGGAUGACAAGGUUGAACGAAGGGUUGUCUCUAUUUGAUGCAAUUCUCAUAGUUCCAAUGUUUCAGAUUGCUUGGACUUUCUUCUCCAUCUGUACAGGAUUCAUCUACUUUCAGGAAUUUCAGGUGUUUGAUGCUCUAAGAACAACAAUGUUCAUAUCGGGAAUGAUGUGCGUAUUCAUAGGCAUUUCCUUACUAGCACCCGAUGAUACGAGAGGCAUUGAGGCGAAAGAUAAUCCAACUCUAGUUUCUGUGGUGUCAACUGAAGAGGACAGGUUGAUACCGCCAUCUGAAGACGGGCAUUCCAAAGACUCAACAAGACAAGUUGUGCAAGGAAUGUACAUGAAAGUGUCCGGUCUUAUUGCAAAGGCAAAGACUGCUUGUUUAGUAUCGUUGGGAUUUGGUGAGGAAUCGAUCAAUGCAUCAGCGAUUCUCGUGAUGCCAAUGGUGUCAUCGAAGAUAACGGGGUUCAGAGGAAAUGGCCUCGAACGGGCCAAGGUUCUUUCCAUGAGAGGGGGGUCGGGCUGGAACAAAGUAGCCAUGGACGAACAGGACUUAGAGUAGAAUCAAGAAAACGAGUAUCGAGAAAGUUACCGGGUAACAUCUUCUCCUUCCUCUCCCAUGCAUAGUAGAUAGUUUGACAUUUUUUUAGGGUUUCAUUCUUGAAGGAUAACUUCUUAGCAACACAAAAACCAUACACACGAGUUUGUAUAUUCUUGCAAGAACCAGGACAUUAUUGUAUAUCCUCUGAAACAUUUGCCAUGUCUGAACCAGGCAAGCUCUACAUGAAUUCAAGACAGUGAUAGAUAGAUAGAUAGAUAUAACAAGUUCAAUAUGACAUGUUCAAAUCGAGUUGGCAAAAAAAAAAAAAAUGGAAC